AUGAUCCGCGCGUUCUCGUUCCCCGUGAGCCCGGAGCGGGGCCGGCUCCGGAGCUGGCUGGAGGGCAGCCUGGCUGGCCUGUGCGAGCUGCACUUGCUCCGCGAGCGCCAGGAGCUGCGCGUGCAGCGAGCCCUCCGCCUGGGGCCCGGAGCCGGCCAGCCCCCGGAGCCGGGGCCCGGAGGGGCCGGCGAGGACGAGGAGGACGAGGGCGACGAGGAGACGGCCCGCCGAGCGGCGGCCGCCCUGGAGGAGCAGCUGGAGGCCCUACCGGGCCUGAUGUGGCAGCUGGGCCAGCAGCUGGGGGAGCUGAGCCUGGAUCCUGACGGCGGCGACAUGGACACCGGCAGCUGGCCCAGCUCAGGUUUCUAUGAGGGUCCCGGCUCAGCCGCGGCCCCGGACUCCCCGCCGCCGGCCUUCGGGGGCGACAGCGGCUUCUCGGGCUCCGGGUCCUACGGUCGCCUGGGUCCCGCCGAACCGCGCGGGGCCUAUGCCUGCGAGAGGCCCAAGUCAGUAGGAGACUCGGGUCCCAGCCCCAGGGAGAGCGCCGUCCGCGGCAUGGUGCCCCGGUCCCUGUCGGCUCCCUAUCCCAGCGGGCCGGAUGGCGGCGGCGGCGAUCGCCGACCCCCGUUCCUGUGCCCCAGCCCCCUCCACGCCGUGGCCCUGCAGAGCCCCCUGCCCUGCGGCCGCGCCUACGCCGACUCGCCCUUCUCGGCCGGGCCGGCGCUGGGCUUCCCCCUCGAGGGCCCGGCCCCGCCGGCGGAUUUCGGCCCGGACGGCCUGGCCCCGGACCCGGCGCGCGGCCGCCGCGUGGAGAACUACAUCACCGGGCUGCUGCGCCGGCGGGGCCGGGCGGGGAAGCCCCGCACCCACCUGGGGCCCCAGGAGUCCCCGGCGCCCCCGCCCGCGCCCCGCCGCCAGAACAGCCUGCGGCAGCGGCCGGCGGAGCCGUCGCCGCCCGGCGGCCCGGCGCGCCCCCCGCCCCCGCCGCCCCCGGAGCGGCGCAGCGGCUCCUCGUCCCCGUGCGGCUACGAGGCCGGGCCCGGGGUGGCCCUGGCCGCCCGCGGCUGGGCGUCCUGGGACUCGGAGCGCCGCAGCCCGCCGCCCCCGCUCCACUCCAGCCUCCCCAAGCCCCCGCGGCUGCAGGCCGCCCCGCGCCCGGCCCUCUCCAUGGACCUGUACCCGGGGCCCGGAGGGGCGGGACUCGACGCCUACGAGGCCGGGCUGGCCCGCUUGGACGCCGCCGGGCUCCCGUCGGGGCUGGCGUCGGGGCUCCCGUCGGGGCUGGCGUCGGGGCUCCCCCCCGGCUCGCCGCCGCCCAGCCCGGGCGAGGAGCAGCUGGUGAAGGCGCAGUACAUCCCGGCGCAGGCGGGCGCCCGCGGCCCCACCGCCCUGCACCACCGCGCCGCCCGCCGCAAGGGGGCGCCGCCGCUGGCCAAGGGCCGCAGCUUCGAAUUGUCUCCGCCGCGGGAGCGCCCCCGUCCGGCCGGAGCGGGCAGCGGCGGCGGCCCCAAGAAAUGCCGCUUCACCGAGGGCGCGGGCGGGGGCCGGCGGGGCUCCCCGCGCGGGAAGAAGGCCGCCCGCUCCCAGUCAGAGAACAGCCUGCUCAACCGGCCGGGGGCCGCUCCCGGAGCCCCCAAGUACCACACGGUGGAGCGCGAGGAGCCGCGGCCGCCCCGGCCCCGCAGGGCCCCGCACGGGCCCGCCCCGGGCCCCGCCGGCUACCGCAAGUGGCGCUCCACCGCCGAGAUCAGCCGCGACGAGGGACCCGGGGGGCCGGGGGCCUGCGGGGCUCCCCCGGCCGACGGCCGCCGCGGGAAGCGGGCCGCGCGCGUGCCCGGGGCGUCCCCGCCGCCCCCGCCGCCCCCGCGGCCUCUGCUCUACGGCUACGGCGGCAGCGACUCCGAGUGCUCGGCCGGCCGGGCCGGGGCGCCGGGACGCCGGGGACCCGCGGCCUACGGCGGGCUGGGCUACGGCGACAGCGAGUCCAGUCUGAGCGAGGGCGAGUCUCCGGCCUUCAGCUCCGGCUCCAGCGACACGGACGGCAGCGGCGGCGGGCUCGUGUGGCCGCAGCAGCUGGCGCCGCAGCUGGUGGCCGCCGCGGGCCCCGGGGGGGCGGGCCCCGGGGGGACGGCGGGCCAGCCCAAAGUCUUUGUCAAGAUCAAGGCGUCGCACGCCCUUAAGAAGAAGAUCCUGCGCUUUCGCUCGGGGUCGCUCAAGGUCAUGACCACCGUCUGAGCCUCCCGGGACCCCCUCCGGGAGCCGUCCCCCCCACGGACCCUCCUCCUCCCAACUUCCACAGCCCCCCCGGGCCCGACCCCUCCCUCCCCCUCGCCAGGA